CAACCCGCAUUUGAACUUGCAGGCGAGCUGCCCCGAGCCUUUCUGGGGAGGAACUCCAGGCGGGCGGGCGCAACAGCCGCGAACAUUAGGUGCUGUGGACAGGCGCUGGGACCAAGAUCUGCGGUCAGUCCCGCAUCCUUCCGCAUCCUUCAGCACCAUCCCGCAUCCUUCCCUAGGCCACCGCGCUUCCUAUGUGACCCGCCCCGGCAACGCCGAGCCCAUUCGCGCAGCGCUGAGGUGAAUUUUUCCCCCAAACUGCAGUAAGCCGCCUUUCAAGGACAAGAUGUUGAUAAAUAUAAAAAGCAUCUUAUGGAUGUGCUCUACCUUAAUAGCAGCCCAUGCACUGCAGAAAGUCAAAGUGGAAAAAAGCCCACCUGUUAAGGGCUCCCUCUCUGGAAAAGUCAACCUACCGUGUCAUUUUUCAACCAUGCCUACCUUACCACCCACUUACAACACCACCAAUGAAUUUCUCCGAAUCAAAUGGUCUAAGAUUGAAUCGGACAAGAGUGGAAAAGAUUUAAAGGAGACUACUGUUCUUGUGGCCCAAAAUGGGAAUAUCAAGAUUGGUCAGGGCUACAAAGGGAGAGUGUCGGUGCCUACACAUCCCGAGGACGUGGGCGAUGCCUCACUCACCAUGGUCAAACUGCUGGCCAGUGACGCAGGCCACUACCGCUGCGAUGUCAUGUACGGGAUUGAAGACACUCAGGACACGGUGUCAUUGGCUGUGGAGGGGGUUGUGUUUCACUACAGGGCAGCGACCAGCAGGUACACUCUGAAUUUUGAGAUGGCACAGAAGGCGUGUUUGGAUAUUGGGGCCACUAUAGCAACCCCAGAGCAGCUAUAUGCCGCCUAUGAAGAUGGAUUUGAGCAAUGUGACGCAGGCUGGCUGUCUGAUCAGACUGUUAGGUAUCCCAUCCGGGCUCCCCGAGAAGGCUGUUACGGAGAUAUGAUGGGGAAGGAAGGAGUCAGGACCUACGGAUUCCGUGCUCCUCAUGAAACUUAUGAUGUGUAUUGUUACGUAGACCAUCUGGAUGGUGAUGUGUUCUACAUCACUGCUCCCAAUAAAUUCACCUUCGAGGAAGCUGGAAAAGAAUGUGAAAACCAGGACGCCCGCCUGGCGACGGUGGGGGAGCUCCAAGCGGCGUGGCGGAACGGCUUCGACCAGUGUGAUUACGGGUGGCUGUUGGACGCCAGCGUUCGCCACCCUGUGACUGUGGCCAGGGCCCAGUGUGGAGGUGGUUUACUUGGGGUGAGAACCCUGUAUCGUUUUGAGAACCAGACAGGCUUCCCUACCCCUGAUAGCAGAUUUGAUGCCUACUGCUUUAAACCUAAACAGAAUAUAUCAGAGGCUACAACCAUCGAACUGAAUAUGCUUGCAGAAACUGCCUCUCCCACUUUGUCAGAAGAACUACAAAUGGGACCCGACAGAACUACACCAAUUGCCCCUUUAAUCACCGAAUUACCUGUCAUUCCAGCAAAGUUCCCUUCUGUGGGAAAUAUAGUCAAUUUUGAACAGAAAGCCACAGUGCAACCUCUAACUAUUACACACAGAGUAGCUGCAGAAUCACCCACACCUGAUGGGGGUACCGAGAAGCCUUGGGAUGUGGACUAUUACUCACCUUCUGCCUCAGGACCUCUUGGAAAGCCAGACAUAUCCGAAAUUAAGGAAGAAGUGCCCCAAAGUACAACUAUCAUCUCCCAUCAUGCUACUGAUUCAUGGGAUGGUGUCAAGGAAGAUAUACAAAGACGAGAAUCAGUUACACAAAUUGAACAAAUAGAAGUGGGUCCCUUGGUAACAUCGAUGGAGAUCUCAAAGCCCAUUCCUUCCAAGGAAUUCACUGCAACGGAAACACCGUUUGUGUCUGCAACAAUGACCCUGGAAUCCAAAACUGAAAAGAAAGCAAUAAGCACAGUCUCUGAACCAGGGACCACAAGCCGCUACGGAUUCACCUUGGGAGAAGAUGAUAGUGAAGACAGAACAUCUACAGUUAGAUCUGGUCAGGGUACCUCGGUCUUUAGCCAAAUACCUGAGGUCGUUACAGUGUCAAAGACUUCAGAAGACACCACCCACACUCAGCUAGAGGAGGUGGAGUCAGUCUCAGCAGCGACUAUUGUUUCACCUGUAACUAUGCCUGACCGUGAUGGGUCAUCCAUGGACCACUGGGAAGGGAAACAAACUCAUGGUAGGAUAACUGAAGAUUUUCUCAGCCAGUAUGUGUCCACCACACGUUUCCCAUCACAGCACCAUGCAGAAGUAGAGUUGUUUCCUUAUUCGGGUGAUGAAAGAUUAGUUGAGGGAACAUCCACAGUUAUUUAUCCCUCUCCACAAACAGGAAGAGAAAGAACAGAAACGCUAAGACCAGAGAUGAGAACAGUUACUCAUACGGAUGAUGAAAUACAGGAAAAGAUCACCAAAGAUCCAUUUGUAGGAAAAAUAGAGGAAGAAGGAUUCUCUGGAAUGAAGUACUCUACAGCUUCCUCAGAGCAAAUUCAUCAUACAGAGUAUUCAGUGGGAAUAACAAAAUCUUUUGAUUCCCCAGCACUGACAACAACAAAGCUCCCUGUGGCACCAACAGAGGCAACAGAUUUGGAGGAAGGCUUUACAACAACAACUCUGAUUGGAUUAGAAACAGAUGGCUAUCAAGAUACCACAAAGUAUGAUGAGGGUAUUACAACAGUGCAUUUGACCCAAAGCACUUUAAAUGUGGAGGUGGUUACUGUGUCAAAAUGGUCACUAGAUGAAGAUAAUACAACAUCAAAGCCUUUAGGAUCCACAGAACAUGCAGGCUCUCCAAAAUUGCCCCCUGCCUUCUUCACCACUACGGGAGUGAGUGGAAAGGAUAAAGAAAUCCCAGGUUUUACUGAAGAUGGAAGAGAUGAAUUCACUCACAUCCCAGAAAGUACUCAAAAGUCAUUAGAGGAGUUUGCUGAGGAAGACAAAACAGACCAUGAAAAAUUCACAGUUAGAUUUCAGCCAACUACAUCAGUUGGUAUCACAGAAAAGUCAACUUUGAGAGAUUCUAUGACUGAAGAAAGAGUUUCCCCUAUCACAGGCACGGAAGGUCGUGUUGUUCAUGCAACCGUAGAAGGAAGUGCUUUGGAUGAAGAAGAUGUGGAUGUCUCUAAGCCUGUAUCUACUGUCCCCCAGUUUGCACACACUCCAGAUAUGGAAGGAUCAGCUUUUGUUAAUUUUAGUAGCACCCAGGAGCCCACUACUUACGUAGACACUUCCCAUACCAUUCCUCUUUCUAUAAUUCCUAAGACAGAAUGGGGAGUGUUGGUACCUUCCAUUCCAUCAGAAGGUGAAGUUCUAGGUGAACCCUCUCAAGACAUACAUGUCAUUGAUCAGACUCCCCUUGAAGCUACUAUUUCUCCUGAAGCAAUAAGAACAACAACAGAAAUUACACAGGGAACAACUCAGGAAAAGUUUCCUUGGAAAGAACAGACUCCAGAGAAACCAGUUUCUCCUCGCAGCUCUACAGCUGACAUAGCCAAGGAGAAAACACCACCUUUGGAUGAACAAGAGAUCGAUGGGUCAGCGUAUACAGACUUUGAAGACAGGUUGGUGACAGGUUCUGAGAGAGUCCCAGUUUUAGAAACAACUCCAACUGGAAAAAUUGAGCAGAGUACGUCUUAUCCGCCUGUUGCUGUCACUGAACCCAAAGCGAAAACAGAUGAAGUGGUAACACUGACACCAAGCAUGGGGCCAAAGCUAUCUUUAAGCCCAGGGCCUAAACAAAAAUAUGAAACAGAAGGUACCAGUCCAAGAGAGUUUGUAUCACCUUUUAGCACUGGUGUUACCCAGCUUAUGAAAGAAACCACUACUGAGAAAAGAGAGAAAACAUCCCUGGAUUAUAUUGAUUUAGGCUCAGGAUUAUUCGAAAAGCCCAAGGCCACAGAACUCCCAGAAUUUUCAACAAUUAAAACCACAGUUCCAAGUGAUUUCACGGCUGCCUUCAGUUCGGUAGACAGGCUUCACAUAACUUCAGUAUCCACUGAGAAGCCAUCUCUCAUUGACAGAGAACCUGAUGAAGAAACAACCAGUGACAUGGUGAUCAUUGGCGAAUCAACAUCUCAUGUUCCUCCCACUACCCUUGAGGAUAUUGUAGCCAAGGAAACAGAAACAGAUAUUGAUAGAGAAUAUUUCACAACUUCAAGUACUCCUUCUGCUACACAGCCAACAAGACCACCCACUGUGGAAGGCAAAGAAGCCUUCAGACCACAGGCACUUUCCACUCCAGAACCCCCAGCAGGGACAAAAUUCCACCCUGACAUAAAUGUUUACAUUAUAGAGGUCAGAGAAAACAAGACAGGUCGAAUGAGUGAUUUGAGUGUAAUUGGUCAUCCAAUAGAUUCAGAUUCUAAAGAAGAUGAGCCUUGUAGUGAAGAAACAGAUCCAGAGCACGAUCUAAUUGCUGAAAUUUUACCUGAACUAAUUGAAAUUGAUCUAUACCACAGUGAAGAGGAUGAAGGGGACGAUGAGGAGUGUGCUAAUGCUACUGAUGUCACGACCACCCCAUCUGUGCAGUACAUAAAUGGAAAGCAUCUAGUUACCACUGUGCCCAAGGACCCAGAAGCAGCAGAAGCUAGGCGUGGCCAGUUUGAAAGUGUUGCACCGUCUCAGAAUUUUUCAGACAGCAGUGAAAGUGAUAGUCAUCAGUUUGUAAUCACCAAAACUGGAAUGCCUACUGCCAUGCAAACUAAUGAAUCUAAAGAAACAACUGAAUCCCUUGAAAUUACAUGGAGACCCGAGAUUUACCCUGAAACACCGGAGCAUUUUUCAAGUGGCGAGCCUGAUAUUUUCCCAACAGCCCUAGUCCAUGAGGGAGAAGCGAUAAAGGGGCCAGAAUCAAUCACAGAGAAAAGUCCUGAACUUGAUCAUCUGGUGCAUGAACAUACAGAAUCGGUACCUAUAUUUCCUGGAGAGUCUUCAGGAGAUGCUGCCAUUGACCAACAAUCUCAAAAAAUAGUCUUUUCAAGGCCUACAAAAGGGACAUCUGGUGAAGAGGCAGAAAAAAGCACUUCUACUACAUAUACUCCAAGUGCAAGUUCUGUAUCAGCACAUGUUUCAGAGGAUGUAUCAUUUACCUUAACAGGGACUCCACGGCCUGAAGAGCCAUUGUCCACGGUAGAAAGCUGGGUGGAAAUAACCCCUAGACAAAUUGUAGAGUUCUCGGGAAGUCCUUCAAUUCCGAUUCCAGAAGGCUCUGGGGAGGCAGAAGCUGAAGAAGAUAAAAUGUUUGCCAUGGUAACUGAUGUAUCACAGAAAAAUACUGCACAUUCCUUCAUUACCUUAGACACUAGCAAGAUGAUCACAGAGAGCCUUUUGGAUGUUCCUGCAACUACCGUAUAUUCGCUUUCUGAACAAUCUUCUGCAGUAGUGCCUACCAAACUUGUAAGGGAGAUAGACACUUUUGAAUGGGUUUUUAAUACAUCUCUUGAGGGAAAGACAAGGAAAGAUGAGGAGAAGGGAACUACAGGUACAGCUUCUACAGUUGAGGUACAUUCGCCCACACAGAGAUCAGAUCAAUUCAUUUUACCCUCUGAAUUAGAAAGUGCAAAUGAAACUACAUCUAGUGAUUCAGCAUCUGCUACCAGGAAGAGUUUUAUGUCCUGGACGACACCCACACAGUCUGAAAGGGAAACGACAAGUUCUCCUCUUGUCUUUACAGAAACAAAUGUUUUAGACAAUCUGGGGUCACAGACUGCUGAGCCCAGCCUUAGCAGUCAGCCUGGGGUUGAGGAAGGGCUGCCCACUGUCCCCGGUAGCCCCAUCUCUUUCUUUGUGGAGCAGGGCUCUGGAGAAGCUGCUGCUGUCCCAGAAACCACCACUGUUUCUUCAUUAAAUUUAGAGCCUGAAAUUCAAACCCAAAAGGAAGCAGCUGGCACUUUGUCUCCACAUGUGGAAACUGUAUUCCCUUUUGAGCCAGCUGGACCAGUUUUGAGUACUGUAAUGGACAGAGGGGCUGCUGAAAUUAAAAGCCAAACCUCCAAGGAAAACUUGAUUUCAGAGAUCUCAGGAGAGCCAGCUCAUGGGGCAGAAAUAAAAGGCUUUUCUACAGAUUUUCCUUUGGAGGAAGAUUUCAGUGGUGACUUCAGAGAAUACUCGACUGUAUCUCAUCCCAUAAUAAAAGAAGAAACAGCAAUGACGGAAGGCUCUGGGGAUGCAGCAUUUAAGGAUACCCAGGUGUCACCAUCUGUAAUACCUACCUCAGACCACAGUAAUCACACAGCUGACUCAGAAGACUCUGGUAGCAUCUUGGUCAGCACUUCAGCCUUCCCUUGGGAAGAGUUCACAGCCUCAGCUGAGGGCUCAGGUGAGCAAUUGGUCUCCGUAAGCAGCUCUGUUGACCAAGUGUUUCCCAGCGCUGUGGAAAAAGUCUCUGGAACAGAUUCCCCACUUCUUGACCAAAGAUUGGGAGAAGAAGGUGCUAUCAAUGAAACUGAUAAAAGAGCCACCAUUUUGCCAACAGCAGAAGCGGAAAGUCCUGAAGCUUCAAAGGAAGAGGAGGAAGUGAAGGUCAAUGGCACAAUUUCAAUGGACUUUCCUCCAACUGUGGAGCCGGACAAAUUAUGGCCCAGGCAAGAAGUCAACCCUAUAAGGCAAGGAAUUGAAAGCGAAAUAGUGUCAGGGGAUAAGAUUCAAGAAGAAAAAUCUUCUGAACCCUCUCAAAGCACUGUUGCACCAGAACAAACAACUUUCCGUUCACAAACAUUCCCUGAAACUGGACUCCGAACCACAGAUUAUUCUACACUAACAAAGAAAACUUACAGUACUGAUAAGAAAAUGGAGGAGGAAGGCAUUUCCUUAGUCGACGUGUCUACUCCAAAUCUAGAUUCAAAAGGCUUGGAGUCAUACGCUACUCUCCCUGAAGUUACUGAAAAAUCCUAUUUUUUCUUAGCUACUGCCUCAGUGACUGAAUCAAUACCAGCUGAAAGUGUAAUUACAGGUUCAACAAUCAAAGAGGAAGAAAGUAUAAAACCCUUUCCCAAAGUUAUGAGACCAAUAAUUAAAGAGUCAGAUACAGAGCUUUUCUCUGGACUGGGGUCGGGAGAAGAAGUUCUGCCUACUACAGUAUCAUUGAAUUUUACUGAACUAGAGCAAGUCAUCAGCACAUUGUAUCCCCAGACUUCUCAAGUGCAGAGUUCAGAAACCAGCAUCUUAAAUGAUACAACUGGAGACUAUGAGGCAAUGGGAAGUGUGGCAAGUGAAAUCAGACCACUCACUUCCAAAACAGACAGCAUUUUUGAAGAUAGUGAGACAGCAUCCCGCGCAACCUUACUAGAAAGUUUAAGUGACACCACAACAGAAGGACCCUUUAUGGCGCCUGUCACUUUCUCCACAGACACUGAACAUCCUCAAAAUCAGACACAUGGUUGGGCAGAAGAAAUCCAGACUGGUAGAUCACAGCCUACAACUGAUCAAGUCUCUAACGAGAAUUUUUCAACAGCAGAAACUGAAGAAACGGCAACCCCUUCCACUGAUUUUCUGGCUAGAACUUAUGGUCCUGAAAUGGCCAAAGGAUUUGUUGCAUCAACACCAAAAUCAUCUGACUUGUUUUAUGAACAUUCUGGAGAAGGAUCUGGGGAGUUGGAUGUGGCUGAUUUAGUCCACACUUCUGGAACUACUCAGGCAACGAGGCAAGGCAGCACCACAUUUGUUUCUGAUAGAUCCCUGGAAAAACAUCCUGAGGUUCCAAGUGCGGAAGCUGUUACUGUUGAUGGAGUCUCAACAGUUUCAGUGGUGCUGCCUCUUCAUUCAGAGCAGAAUGAAAGCUCCCCUGGUCCAACUAGCACACUGUCAAGUACAAGGUCAUAUGAAACAUCCACAGAAGGUGUUGCAGAUAGUUUCCAAGACCAUUUCAGGGGAUUCGAGGCUUCCACGUUAAAACCUGACAGAAGAAAAGCCACUGAAAAUAUUAUUAUAGAUCUAGACAAAGAGGACAAGGAUUUAAUAUUGACAAUUACAGAGAGUACCAUGCUUGAAAUUCUACCUGAGCUGACAUCAGAUAAAAAUACUAUCAUAGAUAUUGAUCACACUAAACCUAUAUAUGAAGACAUCCUUGGAAUGCAAACAGACUUAGACCCAGAGGUACCCUCAGGACCUUCUGGCAGUAAUGAAGACAGCACUCAAGUUCUAGAGAAGCAUGAGGCAGCUGUUAACCUCUCUUCAACCGAGGAAAACUUUGAGGCCUCUGGUGAUACUCUUCUGGCUAAUUACUCUCAGGCAACACAUAAUGAAUCGAUGCCUUCUGAAGACAGAAGUCAAUUAGAUCACAUGGGUUUUAUCUUCACAACUGGCAUCCCCAUCUCUAGCUCAGAAACAGAAUUAGAUGUUUUGCUUCCCACAGCAACAUCCCUGCCCAUUCCUAGUAAGUCUGCCACAAUUAAUCCAGAGAUUGAAGAAUCAAAAAUUGAAGUAAAAACCCUGGAUGACAUCUUUGAAUCAAGCACUUUGUCUGACGGUCAAGCUAUUGCAGAUCAAAGUGAAAUAAUAUCAACACUGAGCCAUUUGGAAAGGACACCGAAUGAAGAUGAAGAAAAGAAAUAUGUAGGUCCCUCUUUUCAACCAGAAAUCUCUUCUGGGGCUGAGGAGGCACUGAUAGAUCCUACCCCCUAUGUAAGUAUUGGUACUACUCACCUUAUACCUCAGAGUUUAACAGAGGCACCUGAUGUGAUGGAAGGAUCCACUGAUACGUCAGCAAUUUCAGCUACAGCAAAGCUCUUCUCUCAGAUGACACCAUCAUCUCCUCCACUCAGUGUCCAUCUAGGCAGUGGAGCCUCUGAACACUCAGAGGACCCCCAGCCAAGUUCUCUGCCUAGUACGGUCUCCAGCCCAUCCCCAAUACCCCCAGGAAAACUUGCAAAUGUUGAAGUGACUUUCAAACCCUCAAGUGAAGAGUACUUUCACAUAACUGACCCUCCAUCCAUACCACCUGACACAGAGCCUUCAGAAGAUGAAAGUAAACUGAAGUUAUUAGAACCAAUGGAGUCUUCUGCCACAGAACUAAUUCCUCAAGAAGAAAUUGAGAUUUUCCAAGAUUCUCGAAACAAAACCAGUGUUCAGCUUUCUGGAAAAACAGUCAAGGUAUUUCCCAGUGUUGAAACACCUGAGGCUGGAACUGUUGUCACAGCUGCAAGUGAAAUGAAGUUAGGAGGUGCUACACUGUGGCCACAUUCUACUUCUGCUUCUGUGAUUUAUGGGGUCGAGGCAGGUGUGGUGCCUCAGCCCAGCCCACAGACUUCUGAGAGGCCCACCAUCCCUUCUCCUCUGGAAAUAAACCCCGAAACACAAGCAGCUUUGAUCAGAGGGGAGGAUUCCACAGUGGCAGCACCAGAACAGCAAGUAUCAGCGAGGAUUCUUGAUUCUAAUAAUCAGGCAACACUAAGCACCGCUGAGUUAAAUACUGAGCUUGCAACACCAUCAUUUUCCCUUCUGGAAACUUCUAAUGAAACCAGUUUCCUGAUUGGCAUUAAUGAAGAGUCAGUGGAAGGCACAGCAAUCUAUUUACCAGGACCUGAUCGUUGCAAAAUGAACCCGUGCCUCAAUGGGGGCACCUGUUAUCCUACUGAAACUUCCUACGUGUGCACCUGCGUGCCAGGAUACAGCGGCGACCAGUGUGAACUUGAUUUUGAUGAAUGUCACUCUAAUCCUUGUCGCAAUGGAGCCACGUGUGUCGAUGGGUUUAAUACCUUCAGGUGUCUCUGCCUUCCGAGCUAUGUUGGUGCACUUUGCGAGCAAGACACGGAGACAUGUGACUAUGGCUGGCACAAGUUUCAGGGGCAGUGCUACAAGUACUUUGCCCAUCGACGUACGUGGGAUGCAGCUGAACGGGAGUGCCGUCUGCAGGGCGCCCAUCUCACAAGCAUUUUGUCUCAUGAAGAACAAAUGUUUGUGAAUCGUGUGGGCCAUGAUUAUCAAUGGAUAGGCCUCAACGACAAGAUGUUUGAACAUGACUUCCGUUGGACCGAUGGCAGCACACUGCAAUAUGAGAACUGGAGGCCCAACCAGCCAGACAGCUUCUUUUCUGCAGGCGAAGAUUGUGUUGUAAUUAUAUGGCAUGAGAAUGGACAGUGGAAUGAUGUUCCCUGCAAUUACCAUCUCACCUAUACCUGCAAGAAAGGAACAGUUGCUUGCGGCCAGCCCCCUGUUGUAGAAAAUGCCAAGACCUUUGGAAAGAUGAAACCUCGUUAUGAAAUCAACUCCCUGAUUAGAUAUCACUGCAAAGAUGGUUUCAUUCAACGUCACCUUCCAACUAUCCGUUGCCUAGGAAAUGGAAGAUGGGCUAUGCCUAAAAUUACCUGCCUGAACCCAUCUGCAUACCAAAGGACUUAUUCUAAGAAAUACUUAAAAAAUUCCUCAUCAGCAAAGGACAAUUCAAUAAAUACAUCAAAACAUGAUCACCGUUGGAGCCGGAGGUGGCAAGAAUCAAGGCGCUGAUCCCUAAAAUGGCGAACAUUGUUUUCAUCAUUUCAGCCAAAGUCCUAACUUCCUGUGCCUUUCCUAUCACCUCGAGAAGUAUUAUCAGUUGGUUUGGAUUUUUGGACCACUGUCCAGUCAUUUUGGGUUGCUGUGCUCCCAAAACAUUUUAAAUGAAAGUAUUGGCAUUCAAAAAGAAAGCAAAAAAAAAGGAAAGAGAAUGAGGGCAGAAUGUAACCAUUUCCAGCCUACCUAAUUUCUUUAGUUUUCUAUUUGCCUCCAGUGCAGACCAUUUUAUAAUGUAUACCAGCCUACUGUACUAUUUAAAAAGCUCCAUUUCAGCACCAAUGGCAAUGUAAAUAAGAUGAUUUAAUGUUGAUUUUAAUCCUGUAUAUAAAAUAAAAAAUCACACUGAGUUCGGGCAUAUUUAAUGAUGAUUAUGGAGCCUUAGAGGUCAUUAAUCAUUGGUUCAGCUGCUUUUUGUAGUUUGUUUAGGCUGGAAAUGGUUUCCCUUGCCCUUUGUCAGCAAGAUGGAGGACAGCUUUUCCUGGACAAUUAACAAACGCAAAGUUUUGUAGGUCAUUGUACCGUCUCCACCGUAGGUACAGUUGGCUUCCAUGUGAUGCUGAAGCCUGGCUAAUGGGAUCCCAACGGACUAGAGACUGCAAUGUGGAACUCUUUUUUUGCCACAUUCCUUUUUCUUCACUUACAAGAAAGGCCUGAAUGGAGGACUUUUCUAUGACCAGGAGCAUUUUUUAGGGGUCAAAGUGCUAAUUAUUAACUCAACUGGGUCUCCUUUUUAAUGGCUUUCAUAAGACUAACUUGCAAGAUUACAGAUCAACAACAUUUCAAAUGGAUAUAGACCUAGGGCUUUGGAGGGAGGGGGUUUGUUAAAACAACACACAUUCAAAGAAAGAAAUUUUGUAUAUAUAACCAUUUUAAUCUUUUAUAAAGUUUUGAAUGUUCAUGUAUGAAUGCUGCAGCUGUGAAGCAUACAUAAAUAAAUGAAGUAAGCCAUACUGA